UCUGCAAGGCAUUGGCUAAGGGAAGUCAAAUGCAAAUGCUUUCAGAAUUGUUGCUUUAAACGUGCAUAUUUUACUUUAAUUGUAGACCGCAUCCUCACGGACACCUGUUGAGAACCGCGGACAUCAAACCCAUUUUCUCAGCUGCAGCGGCUGCAUCAUCAUCAUCGGGACAGCAACGCACAAAGGCUUGUUGUGUAACUCGCUGGGGGCUUUAUUGUUGCGACGGGAGCAAACGCGCAUUAAGCGCUACGGUUAUGUUCAUUAAGACAUUCCUGCGCGGAUUGGGGCGACAGACAGAGAGCGAGAGAGAGUGAGAAAGGGAGAGGGUGGGGGGUUUUACAUAAUAAACUGCAUGCUUUUCACGUGAAAUGUCCCUUUAUAAGCGGACCCUGUACAGUCACAUCGAGGCGAACUGUAAAUGAGUGGACUGAGCGGAGAGGAAACAUACAGCGUCAAAUCGCAGCCAGGAUGGUCACGUCGUACCCUUUGCCGGAGGGUUUCUCCGAGUUUGAUGUGUUUUCGCUGGGAUCUUGUCUGCUGGUGGAGGGUCUGCUGGGCUUCCUUCUAAACGCGGUGACAAUCGUGGCUUUCCUCAAAGUGAGAGAGCUAAGGACCCCCAGUAAUUUCCUGGUGUUCAGUUUAGCCAUGGCUGACAUCGGCAUCUGCAUGAAUGCCACCAUCGCAGCUUUUUCCAGCUUUCUGAGGUACUGGCCUUACGGCUCAGAUGGCUGCCAGACUCAUGGUUUUCAGGGCUUCAUGACAGCUCUUGCCAGCCUUCACUUCAUAGCAGCUAUUGCUUGGGACAGAUACCAUCAAUACUGUACGAGGACAAAGCUGCAGUGGAGCACCGCCAUCUCUCUGGCUGUAUUUAUCUGGAUGUUUGCCGCCUUCUGGGCAGCCAUGCCCCUCAUCGGCUGGGGAGAGUAUGAUUACGAGCCUCUCAGGACUUGCUGCACACUGGAUUACAGUAAAGGAGACAGGAACUAUGUUUCAUACUUGAUACCUAUGAGCAUUUUCAACAUGGGCAUUCAGGUGUUUGUUGUUCUGUCUUCCUACCAGUCCAUCGCACAAAGAUUCAAAAAGACUGGGAACCCCAAGUUUAACCCCAACACUCCUCUGAAGACUUUGCUAUUCUGCUGGGGGCCCUACGGUGUUCUGGCUUUCUAUGCUGCUGUGGAGAAUGCAACCCUUGUUUCACCAAAGCUGAGGAUGAUCGCUCCUAUCCUGGCUAAGACCUCUCCCACCUUUAAUCCUCUUCUGUACGCUCUGGGAAAUGAGAACUACAGAGGAGGCAUUUGGCAGCUUCUAACAGGGGAAAGGAUCGGUGUGCCUCAAAUUGAAAAUAAGUCCAAAUAAACUACCUGCUAUUGUAGAUGUUUCUGUCUGUGGGAGUCUGUACUGUACAAUGUGUCGUAAGCAGUGUGAACGUCUGCCUCUUGUACGCUUUACAUUUGCUCUGGAUUUGCUCCUGCAUCACCUCUGCCACUGUGCUUAUGUGAAGCUGGAAAUAUUCUAAAAAUAUAUCAUCAUAUAUCAUGUUAUUUUUCAUUGUCCCAUAUAGGAUACAGGAAAACCACGAAUGUGUCUCAUUUUGUAUCAUAUAGUUUGUGUUUUAUUGGUUUAAUUUAAUUUCAACAGUUCAUACAUGGCUUUAAUUUUACCUCAUUCUAUUUAUUUUUGGUACGAGUUUCACCCAAAUGUUCAAAAUGUAGUUGUUGGACAACAAAAUAAAAAAAAAUACAGUUAAGCAAAGCAUAGUUACAAACCCCUUUGUGCAAAACAGAUUACCAAUGUGCAUCACUUACCAAAAACAACAUAAAUAAGCAAUCAUUUCAGCACUAACACUCGUUCUGGAACUUUUCUUUCUUGUGGAAGAACUACUAUGUUGGAAAAAAAAGAUCAAGUUGUCUGUGGCCAAGAAGAAAAUCCCCCCAAAAUAAUCUAAUUUUAGUUAAAUAAGUUUUAUCUUGACGUCAGUGGUCCUAAAGUGACGCAAGACGGUAAUUUUGUUGUUGUUUUUUAAAUGUAAAGGAGUGCAAAAGCCACAUCCAUUUCUUUCUGCUCUUCGACUGAUCUCUGUAUUCUGGGUGAAAAUGCAAUAGUCCUCUGAACAAAAUGUCAAUUUUUCAAUACCUACACACACAUGCACAUCCACGCCCACACAUUCAAAGAUAAGAUCAGAAAUUAUUAAGAACCAUUAGAUUAACUGGGAAGGCAUCUUAUUUUGACAUUCACAUACUUAUUUUAAAGACAGAUUUCAGUCAAGCAGCAAAAUCAGUUUGAAAGAAUGUAUUACAUUAGCUGAGCCAUUGUAUUGUUACACAUUAUACCUAAUGAUUGUUCUUUUGUGCUUUACUGUUCUCCAGUGUGUCACCCGAUUAAUUUCCGUGUUUACCAUUUUGAACUUCAAACAUCAAUAAAUAGAUUUUUUUCACUUUUGUUUCUGCACACAAAUUCUAGUUUACAAAGUCGUCCAAGUGCAAUUUUAUAAAAACACAUUGUUAUUUACUGGUUAUUACAUAAUCAAAAUUCAUACAGUAGGUUUUAAAAACCAAGUAUUCAGAUCGUUUCGAUAUAUUCAGUGUUACAAAGUAUGUACAGUUCAGUAAAUACGUCAAUGGAAGUCAAUGACCCUGAAUAAAAGUUGGAUAUUUUUUAACAUAAAUACAUUUUAAUUUUUUAAUACUUUAUUAAUACUUUGUGUUGUACAUGCAAUUGGUGACCAAAAACAAAUAUUGUACAGUCCAACAGACCCAUUCAGACAAUAAAGUCACAUCUUAUGAAAUCUUUACUUAUUGUAUUACUUUGAUGUGCACCUGAUGAUCAAAGCAGACAUUGAUAACAAUCUGUAAGAUGGGAUUUGAAUGUACACUGGAUGUUGUCUGUACAAAAUGCUCUAAUAAAGUACUGCAGUCACUGGAAAAAA